CCUCGAUAUCCCACAAGGGCCCCAAGAUUAUAUUUUUUUUGCUCUCAAGCAAAACGGUAUUUCGAUCGAAAUGCCCACCAAAACCCUUACAGCCCGCUGCCACUGUGGCGCCACCCACUUUACCGUCACCAUCCCCACCUCUUCGCUCCCUCUGAAGACUCACCUCUGCCACUGCACAAUCUGCCGGACUGUGCAUGGUGCUCCAGCUGCAUUCCACGCCCACCUCCCCGACGGAGUUGUACCUGAAUUCGUUUCCCCAUCGGGUCUCGAUAAAACAACAAGGUACAAACACUCGGAGGCAAAGGCAUACCGCCAUUUCUGUUCCACGUGCGGGUGUCAUAUCGGUGAUCGUGCAGAGAACAGCGAUCGCUGGUGCAUAUCCGUCUCAGUAUUUGAUGCAAAUGCAAACGAGGGCGCUUGGGAAAUCGCUGAGCAUGUAUACACUUUGUCUACCAAGGACGGAGGUCUCGCGGCCUUGUUACCGACUAUCGCUGGGAAGGAGUUGAAGGUUUGGAAUCCUGAGCAUGGUGGCGAACCCGGGAGAAUCAACGACGCGCUUGCGCCUUUGGGUGGUGCGAAAGACGAUCAUGAUACGCUACUCGCAAAGUGCCACUGCGGGGGCGUCUCCUUCAACAUUAGCCGCCCGCGAAAGGAAUUUGUUGAAUCUCCAGAUGGCGAGAAAUGGGUGAUGCGGUCUGAUCCAACAAAGUGGCUUGCUAGCCUUGAUGCUUGCCGCGAUUGUCGGCUUGUCACUGGUGCACAUGUAAUUGGUUGGCUCUUUGUUCCCUCUGAUCACAUCUCGCCUCCCCUGCCUGAGGAUUUGCUUGUCGGAACGUCAAAACGGUACAACUCAAGCCAAGAUGUUUAUAGGACAUUUUGUGGACGGUGUGGGGCAACAAUAUUCUACAGUGAAAGCGGCAGACCUGGUAUUGUGGAUGUGGCAGUGGGCAUUUUACGCCAUAAGGAAGGGGUCAUGUUGGGUGACUGGGCGUUGUGGAGGACAGGCAGACUCGGAUGGGCUGAUGACGGGGUCAAGUACGAUGAAGGUUUCGCCAGGAGCCUAGCAGAGGGCCUGCAGGAAUGGGGAAGGAAAACGCAUGGCGAAGUAAGGGAUUUUCAGGUCGGGACCACAGGUGUCAAUUCGAAGAUGGAGUAGAUCGACGUCCGGGACUCAGGGCGCUGGUCAGGGGUUUUCAUCGAUUUCAUGUCCUCUAGGAUAAUUAAAAAGAUCAAACAAGGGUAGAUUAUUAUCCUGGUCUUAUACUAUUUGCGUAAGUGGAAACUCCAGCUGGCGUAGGGGUGUGAAAGGCAAUGGGGCCGUUAGUGUGUUGUGCGGGCACUGAUUGCAUGGCAUCCCUUAUACUAAAGGACUCAAAGCGGGCCCAUGGAAAGAUGCAUGUCCUGGCCCUGGUCAAUCAGCCUCCUGUAUAUUGCCUUAUACGUAUUCAUCAACAGCGCAU